UUUUGCGGUCAGUAUUUGUGAAGACCGCGACCGCGUCAAUACAUCCCGAGAGAGAAAAGCUAAAUAAAGCCCAGACUUUUUAGGUUUCUCUAAACGCGUAAGCGCCGGCAUGUGGUGACACGUGUAGGUCGGAUUCUUAGUGCAAGAAAUUGAAUUUCACCUAAUUGAGAAUUAAUUAUUUAAAAAAUUUUACAGAAAAAUUAAGAAAAAAUAAAAAAAGCAGUGCAAGAAAGUGUGAGAAAACUGAUUACGCGCACAAACAUACAUGUACACACUCACAUAUACAUAAUAAUAAGAAUUACGUGCGAAUAACCAGCGAACAGCUGAUAUGAAAAGAAACAACAACAACAACAGUGUAAAGUCCACUAAAUCAAUGUUAUUGAUUUAUUUUCUUUUGACGCUUUCGGCCAGCCAAAUGCCAUUGGCCGCGGGCGGUAAUAUACUCGGCAUUUUCCAACAUUUUGGCUACAGUCACUUUAAGGUCUUUUAUCCACUUUUACGCACACUCGCCGAACAAGGUCAUCAUGUUACAGUGGUGACCCAUAUAAAGGCACCGGAAGACACGAAGCCGGUUAAUUAUGAAGAGCUACUGCUGGCCGGUCAAGAUACAAGGAAUUUGGUUACAUUCGAUAAUGUGCUGCCGCGUCGUCCAUUACAUUAUCUCUUGCUAGAGGCAGAGUUGUUGCAUAGCGAAGGUCAGAAAUCGUGCGAGUUGUUCUAUAAGAGCGGUCAUGUCGAUAGGAUUUUGAAACGACAUGAGCAGCAGCCAUUCGAUUUGGUUAUCACUGAGUAUUUCAAUACGGAUUGUCAGAUGGGCAUACCCUACUUGCUGAAUGUGCCGGUAGUCGGCUUGAGUAGUUGUUUGCUAAUGCCUUACUACUAUGAUCGCAUUGUGUUGCCCGAUUUCCCCUCUUAUGUGCAAUCCGAAUUCGUUGGUUUUCCCGAGGAGUUGAAUUGGCACGAACGUUUGUUGAAUUUCAUACAAUCGAAGGUGAUCAAGAGUUAUUAUCGUUACCGCACAAAUUACUACGAUCGCAGGAUCAUUAAUAAAUAUUUGAAUGUUGAUUUUGAUGUUGAUGAUUUUGCCAAACGCAGCACCGGUCUCAUUUUUGUCAAUCAACAUUAUACCUUGCAUGGUAAUAAACCGUUAACACCACAACUCGUCGAAAUGGGUGGCAUACAUAUUGACGAAACCGCUGUGAACGCAACCCUGCCAGCGAAAAUUGAAAAAUUCCUGAAAAAUGCGCCACUGGCGGGUGUACUCUUCUUCAGCUGGGGCUCCAUGGUGCGUUCAUCGAGUAUGCCGACGGAGAAAGUGCAAACCAUUGUAAAAGUACUCGAACAACAACCAUUCCAUGUGAUUUGGAAAUGGGAAACGGACGAAGUGCCAACGAAGAGUAAAAAAUUUCUAUUCGUUAAAUGGGCGCCACAAUUGAGUUUGAUAUGCCAUCCAAAAGUGAAAUAUUUCUGGGGUCACGGCGGCCUGCUGGGCACCACUGAGAAUAUCUACUGUGGCAAACCGUUAAUUGUUACACCACUUUAUGGCGAUCAAAGUGUCAAUGCGAAUGCCGUGCAGAAUCGUGGUGUGGGCACCAUUUUACUCUUCGAUGAUAUUAAUGAAAAGAACUUAAGAGCGACACUCAUGGAGAUUCGCCGCAAGAGCUAUGCCGAUCACGCCGCUGCAUUGUCGCACAUGUUCCGCCAUCAAGACAAGAAACCGCUAGAUCGCGCCGUUUGGUGGGUGGAACACUUGCUACAGGAGAAUGGCAAGACCGCACAUAAAUUGUUGCAGACAAAGGCAGUAAAAUUGAAUUGGUUCGUCUAUUAUUCGUUGGACAGCGUGGCCAUUAUAUUGCUUGGUCUGGCGGUGAUUCUGUACAUUGUUCGCGCGUUUUUACGUCUUUUGUGUGGAUUUUUCUGUAAACAAGGCAAACAAAGCGGCAAAGUGAAAACUAAAUGAAAAGUGUAACAGAAAUACAAAUAUGUACUAUAAAUACAUACAUACAUAUCUUUGUUUGUAUGCUUUAUGAAAUGAAUGCUGUAAAUAAUUUAUGCAAUAAAAAAUUAGUGAAUUUAUUUUA